GGGACUCCGGGGACCCGGGCUGAGCUGCGCACGCCGGUGAGAUGAGCGGGGCCGCGUCGGCGGGCGCGGCCAGGGGGCUGCGCGUGGACGGGCUGCCCCCGCUACCCAAAAGCCUGAGCGGGCUGCUGCACUCGGCGGCGGGCGGCGCGGCGGGCGGCUGGCGGCACCUGCAGCGGCUGUACGCGCAGAAGUCGCGUAUCCAGGACGAGCUGAGCCGAGGGGGCGCGGGCGGCGGCGGGGCGCGGGCAGCGGGGACGCCGGCCAAGCCGCCCAACCUGGACGCCGCGCUGGCACUGUUGCGCAAGGAGAUGGUUGGCCUCCGACAGCUGGACAUGUCCUUGCUCUGCCAACUGUACAGCCUCUACGAGUCCAUCCAGGAGUACAAGGGCGCGUGCCAGGCUGCCUCCAGCCUGGACUGUCCCUACGCCCUGGAGAACGGCUUCUUCGAUGAGGAGGAGGACUUCCAGGAGCAGGGCUCUCUCCCCGACGGCCAGGGCCGAGGCUGUCCCCGGGACCUGUCACUGCCUGUCGCCCACCUCUCCAGCAGUGACUGGGUCCUGGAGUCCAUCUAGCGCCUCGGGAGGAGUCCACUGACACACACAGACGGGCAGCAUCUGUGUCUCUUCCUGCAAGAAAGUGCUUUAGCCUCUUCGCCGUGGACAGUCCAGGGCAUGUGGGGACACGUGCCAUUUGUUUACCUAGUGGGUUUGGAGCUCGCGGACAUGGGACAGCCUGCUUAGUUGUCUGCAGGGUCUUCCGGGCGUCCCAGGGGCAUGCUAGAAUAUCCUGGAUAGUUCCUGUAGCCCCUGCUGGAAGCUCUGACAACGGCCUCCAGGCGCACAGCCUUCGCGGCGUUUUGGGUGAGUGCGCUCAGCUCUCUGUACGGCAGGUGUGUCAUUUUCUCUUGGAUUAGGAAAGUCUCCCUGGCCUGGAACCCCCAAGGCGGCCUGCGUCUUUUCUUGCUCUUACUGAGCUGUCAGCCUCUUUGCACUGAUGAAAGCUGAUCACGGAUUUUCCAGGGCACUCGGGAGAGCUUUCUAGAAGACAGUCUGCCACUCCGGUCAGCCGCUUUUCUGCAACUAUCAAAACUGACAUUGGGCGCAGGUGGAGGGGAGACCACCGAUGAAUGGACACGGUGGAGAGAGAAGAGAAACCGUGGCCAAGCUAACGCUUGUGCCGCUCACAAUGAGGUGGUGACCGCUCGUGGUUAGACUGACCGUGAACGUCAGUGUUGGAAAUGAUAGGGUCGCUGGAGCCCUAACGUAUUUAUUAGAACCCUUUCUCAGGACUUCACUCUGGUUAAACACGGAUGCGAUGCUCAGCUGUCUCUUGCCGUGUGUCAUUUUCUUCGCAGGUCUGGGAUGGGCUUACUGGGUCCACAGAGUCCCUGGCAAGGAUGAGGCCUGGGCUCUGGUCUUUACUUAUCCUGUCAACUGGGCAUGGUGGUGUAUGCCUGUAAUCCCAGAACUGAGGAGUUCCAGGCAGGAGGAUCAGAAGUUCAGGACCACCCUUCACAACACAGAGAGUCCAAGGCCAUUCUGGGCUUCCCUUUCUCAAACCAAAAAAACCCUGAGCUCAGACUUACAGCCUGAACGUGGGUCCAAUCUAACACACAUUAAAAGAAAUUUAGGAUUCUCUGGCCACUAAAUGAAUUUUAAGACAGAUUUAUUUCUCUGUUAGGCUUGGACGGCCAUUUCAUUGGCACCAGGCUGCAUUUACAGCAAGAUUUCACCUUGUGCCUUGGAAUAUGCCCAGCUCCUUGUUCCACUUUUAGGGGCCAUGGCUGCUCAUCAGUGCCCUCUGGAGGCCAAAUACAGGAAGUGCAGGUUGGCAAAUACAACUAUGUGUGAACUUUCCCUGGGCAUCUACAAGUCUGUACUCACCCCAGGCAGGGAACCAGUGACCAGCCAAAGUAAGGAUUACAGAAGCCCAACCUGGCAAACCAGUACGCCUACUCCUGCCACUUAGUGGAGUGUGAGUGACCCCCAAACAGCUGAGCAUCCAAAAGUCCUUCUCCAGGACGGCUGAUGACCGCCCCCACGGCUGUGCCCACCCGAAGCUAACCUCACUAGACAGGGCUGGGAUGGCUUUAUAGGAAGGAAUGCUAACUCAGGGGAGGAUAAUGGACCUUCCUGUGAAGGACUGGCACCAGGCUAACCUUGAGGGUGGGUCUCUUGGGUAGACGGCUGCAUUCAUCGAUAUGGUAAUGGCUGUUGUGCCUGGAGGACAGUAUGCUCCUCCAAGCUGUUUCUGAUGAGUGUUUUUCACUGCAACAGAAAGCAGUCUGGGGCAGGCAGGCUACAUUCAGUUACACAGCCACCUGAGUGUUACCUGUCUGUGCUAUAAGGAGCUGGAUUAGCCAGAGAAGUGGCCCUGUCGGUAGUCAGACGGACGGGGGUUGGUGACAGGACAGUCCAGACAGGACAAGACAGUGAACACAGGAAAUCAGUCACCUGCAGGGCGCUGCUUUGAGGCCAAGGCCUGCAUAACUGAGGAAAACCCGAGGUUAGCUUGUCUAAGCCCUGGCUGCAUUAGGGUCACUUGGGGAGCCUUGGGGGAGCUCCAGCAGCAGUGCCCACCCCAGAUCUGGAUCUUCUUAAUAAGUGAUGCUAGAGGGCCUGGGCCUGCCUGCAGAGGGGAGGUACAGGUCAGGAAAGCAUGUCCCACCAUGCACCUUUAUUGUAAACAGCCUAGCAUUAUCUAUGAUCCCUUUAUUCCCGAUAGCUGCCUUAUAAAAAUUCACGACAAUAAAACUGAUUGAUUUACCUUUU